AUGGACAACAGAAUUAAACUUGAUAAGCCAGCUGGUGGGGUUAUUCCACACCAUAGCGACCAAUUCAUGUAUGAAUCUGAUGACCAAAUCGUCAUUGCAAUCGAUUUCGGAACAACUUUUACCGGCGCCGCGUAUGCAUUUCUUGAUGACGAGAACCCUCGGGUUGUAGGUGUUGAUAUCUUGCCAGGGCUUACUGAGAAACAACCAAAGAUCCCCACAAUUCUAAGCUACAAUGGAAGUGGUGGAAGCUUUACCUGGGGAUCUCAAGCCCAUCACGGUCGUAUGAUACGCGGGAUCAAGCUACUACUCGACCCUACACAGGCAAUACCAUCCUAUGUUCUGGCGUGA